AUUUUCCACUUGGAUUACAGUUUUUUCUUUUUUUGUUUCCUUUGAACAGUUACUUAUUAGUUCUAAAUACUUGUUUGCCCUUAUUGUCCUGUUAGAAGAGAAGAUUGAUAUAGAAAAAUGUAGGGUUUAUGGAGUGUGCUGGACUCCAGGAAGUCAAGUGGUACCAAACUACCCACACCCAUUUGGUCUCUUUGGCAGCUUUGUGAUUUCAACCAGGAACGUGCAUAAGGGUAAAUUUUGUAAAGACAACCAAACUGUGGGUGUAGCCCAGUUGGGAGUGCAGCAACAAAGUCUCUGCAUCGGAAGAUGAUGUUUUUACAGAUCAACUCUGAAUCCUCAGAAAAUGACUUUAUGCUGUAAUUUGACUCUGGACCCUCAGUCCUCUCCUCCACCUCUCUCCCUCACCAGGUGUCAAAGAACCUCCUAUGUGAGAUUAUAUAAUGUCUAGCAGCAUGUAGUCUUUACAAUGUUUGACUUCAUGUGCGUAACGUCCGUCAGCCAUCCUACUCUCCUUCCCCCCUCGUCUCCCACAGACCCAUUGACCCUCUUCCUCCUCCAGUUUAUGUUCUCCCCCUCCCUUCCAUCCGUCUCGCCCAUCGCUUGUUUAAUUUUGAACAUACCACACAAGCCUAAUGUGGUCCCUGUGUAUGUGUACGUGUCUGUGGCGUGGGGGUGGGGGAACACUGCUGAAGGAGUAUGACUCUUUCAGCUUACCUGAAUAAUACCUUCUUUGUGAGCUUGAGCUUUAUAAAGUCACUCGCAGAUGCUUUCUGCCCUUGCACACCUCAACCUCUGUGCGGACACAUCAUCUUACACCCUCAUUCAUACAUUACUAACACCACCAUGAGAGCCAGGGUAAGUGCGCUGCUGUUGUUUUUGGCAGCAACUGUUUGCAUGUCACACGCUCAGACCAACAACGGCAGCAAUGACAACAAGCAACAGCAACAACGCAGCAUCUGGGACGAGCCCAUCCGAUUCACCACGAAGACCAAAGACUCCUGUACCAUGGUGGUAUCUGGAGCAGGGGACUAUUCUCGCCUGCGUGUCUCCUGCAAAGGUCCAAGCCAGGGCCAGAUUCCAGGACGCUCCUACUACUGUGACUUCCAGGGCAAACCCAACCUGUGCCGUGCCUACAACCUCAACCCUCGCCACUACUUCACCCAGAUGAUGUGGGACAUGAGGAAGUUGAGCCACGCCUGCCAGGGACCCAAACUCUAUCGUCCACAGAUGUGCAAAAAAUACCCAGACGAGGCUCAGAUGACCUUCCUGGCCUCCUGGCCCAAGACCAUCACCGCCAAGCCCUCCAAGCCUGUUCAGGAGCAGCGUAAACCAGUGGUGCCUUCUCAGACCAAGCCCGUCAUUACUCCUAAACCCGUGAAGCCACAGCUCGUCAAACCACAGCCAGGCAAGGGCCCCCAGACCAAGAAAACUACCCCCAAGCCUGGGAAGACCACUACUCGUCCCACAGAGCAACCUGAGUCCAAAGCAUCCCGCAUUGCCACUGAGUACUGCUGGAAGAGCUUCCAUGGCGUCUGCACCUACUUCAUCAGCUGGUUCCAAAACUGAGAGGAUACUGCUGACACAGAUUAGAAACACCAGCCAUGGACCCAGUCAGGAGUCUUUCAGUCCGGAUGUGUGUGGGAGCUUCUGAAGUCAUUUCGUCAUCUUGUGAGGUCCAGCAACAUCUUCCAGACUGAGCCAAAAACAUCAAAAACACUCAACCUACACCUGUGUACAGUUAGCAGAUUGCUGCUGUCAUGUAGAGUAUGUUUCAUUUUUAAAACACACGUCAAAGCAAAGGGAAAACAUGGCAGGCAAUUCUGUAAAAUCUGUUUGUAUAUGAUGUACAAUUUUUUUCCUCAUGUCACAUAAACGUUUCAACAACAUUUGUGAAGGUAAAGAGAAUAAAGUCAGAGUGGUGAC